AAACUUGUUUAAGAUAUAAGAUGAAAGCAAUUUGUUGUGUUGGUCUUUAACAGUUUGAAAUUGUAAAGAUACUAAGAUAGAUGUGAAAUGAUUUCUGUUUCUGUUGUCCCUAUUCUAUUGUGAAUUGAUUACUUUUUGAUCCAUAUAUUUAAACUGCUGUUAUAUCUCAAGCAUAACAAUCAUUAAUGCUUUUUUCUUCAACACUGCUUUGGUGUUAUACUACACUGCAGGCUUGCAGCUGUGAGGAAGAUGGUUUAUUUGGGUUUGAUACACAUAGUGAUGGUGAUGGACAAAAGCAUCUGGUCACUCAUAUAGGUAUCAACAUCAAGCAGACAUGAAUGCUGCGCCGAAAGUGAAUGUCAUUCUUAGUCCUGCAGGCCUUCCUUUGCGCCCGAGGAAUGAUUUUCACCAACAUGUGUUGGUCAUAGUGGAGAAAAGACUUGAAAAUAACUUGUCAAGGGAUUUGUACAAUGAGUGGACUAUUGAGUUGAAGGGAAUGGCUGAUCGUAUUAUCAGUAUGCGCCAACAACUUUUUGAUGCUUUACGUUCCAGAGGUCUGCCUCUACUGAAUUUCCUUUGCAAUUUAUUCUGCUUGUAUUUGUCUGUAUGGUCCUGUUUCACUAUUGUUUCACCAAUAUACCAGACUUUUUUGUUUACUCAUUCUUUACUUCUGAAAAAAUGAAGACUAGUUAGGAUGUUUAGAAAACCUCUUUAAAUGGUUAAUAAGUAAAUUCAACAAUUAAAUGAGGUUAAAAAUGUCCCUAGAAUAAACUCUAGUAGCCAAGGGAGGUUUAAAACUGUAAAUAAUCUCUUGCAAUUAAGGGAGGUUGAAAACUCCCGUUAAAAAAAGCUUGCGGAUAAGGGAGGUUUAAAACCGCCGCUAAAAACCGCCGCUAAAUCUUGUGCAGGUACCAGGGUUUGCUAAAAGACGCCGCUAAUAAUUUGUGGGGAGUGUAACUUCGGGAUUUUUCAAAACCCCGCUAAGUAACUCGCGGGGGUUGAAAACCCCCACUAAGUGCAAAGAAAAACCCCACUAAAUAACGUUUUUUUUUGUAGUGGUAUACUAUUAAAUUAGUCAACGACAAUGUUUUUAUUUUGGUACAUGGUUUUUGAUGAAUUCAUGAGAAAACAUUAAU